GAUUCAGGUUCAGCAGUACUUACAUAAUGUUGCAUUUUCUAACCAUCUUUCUCUUGAUUAGCUUCAGGUGUAUCACAACUUGCAUCUACCUUUCCAGUUGUUUCAAUGAGUUCAAUGUCUGAAAUGCAAAAGAAAAUUUUGCAGCGUAAAAUAAACGAAGAAAGUGAACUUCUUAUGGACGAGUAUGCAUCUUUACGCUCACGUACUGAACACUAUCUUCUUCAAAUCAACUGUAAGGUUGAGAAGUUAGUUGUGUGUGUAAUGGAUGUUCGACAUGUAAAACGUCUCUCAAAGGUAUCUCCUCUCAUUAAGCUUGAAAAUGCCACCACCAUCAGUGGCGUGUUCCUUGAGCUGAUCAAGAAUAACUUAAUGACAUUUCUCCAGUUUUCAAUUUUAAGGCGAAUAAUUUGUGACCUCUGCUUUGGGUCAAGAGACCUUCAAAAGAAACUGAAGGCCUAUGAAGAAAAAUACAAUAACUACAUCAGGAGACGUGUGUGUGAAACUCACAUGUACCACGAAGGGAGAUUCGAGGCAUUUACUGGCAGUGACGCAGAAGAAAAGGUAGAGCUACUCAUAAUCACUGACGAGAACUGGAACGAUAACACAGAGUUUCUAAGAGUAGUUGACCUUGAAGCUAUAGUAGCCAAAAUUCUCCACAUUGAUAACUUCAGUCUUAAACCUGUGAGCAUUGAGCCUCAUUGCCUGAGAUUGCGUUAUGCCAUAUCCAUCCUCAUUGCCCAAACUGUGUUUCCAUUGACUCAUGAGGAGUGGGAAAAAGCUUUCUGGAAAAGGCAUUAUAAAGAUGCAAUGUCUCGAAUAUUUUUACACCACUGAAGAUAAAGGUAGUCUUGUCCAGUGGGUUUCCAAGGCAGACAUGACAAUGUCAUCUAAAGGU